CCGCGCCGAGGCGAAGGAGAUGCUGGCGAGGCGACAGCGCGAUCCCCUCCAGUCCCUGCAGCGUCGCAAUCAGGAGCUGAAGCAGCAGGUUGAUGAUUUGCUUUCUGAGAGUCGAUUGAAAGGAGCUCUAGAAGCCAGUAAAAGGCGAGAUAUUUACCAAAGAUGUAUCCAAUUAAAACAGGCAAUAGAUGAAAAUAAAAAUGCUCUUCAAAAAUUAAGCAAAGCUGAUGAACCUGCCCCUGUUGGGAGUUACGAUCAGAAGAAAGAGGAGGAACACAAUCUUUUGGAUAAGCUCACCCACCAACUGCAGGAACUUGCUGUGUCCAUAAGUAGAGAAAAUGUCGCUGAAACUGGAGCGCUUACUGAAGGAGAGGACGAUGACAAUUCUGCUGAAGAAGACGAAGAAGAAGAAGAAGAAGAUGAAGAGACCACAAGUGGAGAAUACAUUGCUGUUGGAGAUUUUACGGCUCAGCAAGUCGGAGACCUUACAUUUAAGAAAGGGGAAAUUCUCCUUAUAAUUGAAAAAAACCCUGAUGGUUGGUGGAUGGCUAAGAACGCCAAAGGAAACAAAGGUCUUAUUCCCAGAACCUACUUGGAGCCCUGUAAUAAAGAAGAAGGCGAGGAGUCUAGUGAAGAAGGCAGUGAAGAAGAUGUAGAGAUAGGGGAUGAAACGGCAGAAGGAACAGAAGUUAAACAAAGAACCGAUUCUCAUUGGAGUGCUGUCCGAAAAGCCAUCUCAGAGCAGAUAAACACCGUCGACGUAUUGACCACGAUGGGAGCUAUUCCUGCCGGGUUCAGGCCUUCCACCCUCUUCCAGCUUCUGGAGGAAGGGAAUCAAUUUCGAGCAAGUUACUUCUUACAACCAGCGCUCACUACUUCACAGCUGGCCUUCAGAGAUCUAAUGUGGGAUGCUAAAACGGGCUCUAUUAGGUCAAGACCAAGUCGUGUUUCCUUGAUUCUGACCCUCUGGAGCUGUAAGAUGAUUCCUCUUCCAGGAGUGAGCAUCCAGGUUCUGAGCAGACACGUGCGCUUCUGUCUGUUUGACGGCAAUAAGGUUCUAAGCAACAUUCAUACAGUCAGGGCCACAUGGCAACCUAAGAAACCCAAAACAUGGACCUUUUCUCCCCAGGUUACUGGCAUCUUGCCCUGCUUGCUUGAUGGUGACUGUUUCAUCAGGUCCAAUUCUUCUUCUCCAGAUCUUGGAAUAUUAUUUGAACUUGGAAUUUCUUAUAUUCGCAAUUCAACUGGUGAAAGAGGAGAAUUAAGUUGUGGCUGGGUGUUUCUUAAACUUUUUGAUGCCAGUGGAAUUCCUAUUCCAGCAAAAACUUAUGAACUCUUCUUGAAUGGAGGCACCCCCUAUGAAAAAGGUGUUGAAGUGGACCCUUCAGUAUCCAGAAGAGCACAUGGUAGUGUUUUCCAUCAGAUGAUGACAGUGAGAAGGCAACCUCAACUUCUAGUAAAACUGAGAUCUUUGAACAGAAGAUCAAGGAGCACGCUAAGUCUACUGCCGGAAACAUUAAUUGGAAGUAUGUGCUCCGUUCAUCUGUUGAUAUUUUAUCGCCAGAUUCUUGGAGACGUGCUGCUGAAAGACAGGAUGAGCAUGCAUAGUGCUGAUUUAAUUAGUAAUCCAGUGCUGGCCACCUUCCCCAGGCUCUUGGAGCAGCCUGACGUCAUGGAUGCACUCAGGAGUUCCUGGGCUGAGAAAGAGAGUACAUUAAAAAGGUCAGACAAGAGAGACAAGGAGCUCCUGAAGGCCGUGUUCCUCCUGGUUUACCACGACUGCGCGCUCCCCCUCCUCCACUCCGCGCUCCUGCCCCCGUUCAGGUGGGCAGAGGAGGAGACCGAGGCCGCCCGAUGGAAGGUCAUCGCCGACUUCCUCAAGCAAAACCGAGAAAACGAGGGCGCCCUCCAGGCUCUGCUGUCGCCAGCGGGGCUCCAUGAACCUUUUGACAUUUCAGAGCAGACCUAUGACUUCUUGGGUGAAAUAAGAAAGAACGCAGCCUGACAGCGGUGCCCCUUGACCUUCCACUUCCUGCUGAAUCUGAUAGACCCUCCAUGGCAACCUGCAUCGCGUGACAAAACCAGAAGUAACUGUCCCAUCAUAACUUAGGCUUUAUUCUUUUUUGUUGAGGCCACAUUCUAUAAGAAAUAUUUAUCUGAUAAUUUGAAUAUGUGUUAAUACAAUGAAGUAAAUUUUUAUAAGGAAUACUAUUAUAUCUAAAUUUAAAGAGAAUUUUUUUUCAAAAACCAACUAAAAUUUUUGUUUUGUUUUUCUUUUUCUUUUUUAUUGAGUAUAGUUGAUUUACCAUAUUAUGAAAGUUUCAGGUGUACAAUAUAGUGAUUAACAAUUUUUAAAGAUUAUACUCCAUUUAAAGUUAUUAAUACUGGCUAUAUUCCCUGUGCUGUACAAUAUAUCCUUGUAGCUUAUUUAUUUUAUACUUAAUAGUUGUGCCUCUUAAUUCCCUACCCCUAUCUUGCCUCUCCCCACUGGUAACCACUAGUUUGUUCUCUAUAUCUGUGAGUCUGUUUCUUUUUUUUUAUUGAAGUAUAGUUGAUUUACAGUGUUGUGUUAAUUUCUUCUGUACAGCAAAGUGACUCAGUUAUGCAUAUAUAUAUACUCUUUUUUAUAUUCUUUUCCAUUAUGGCUUAUCAUAGGAUAUUGGAUAUAGUUCCCUAUGCUAUGCAGUAGGACCUUGUUGUCCGUCCAUUCUGUAUGUAAUACCAAGUAACAAAUUUAAGUUAACUGUAUCUAUAGAUUUGUAUGAAAGCAAGAUUUUAUCAAAAGCUAAAUUUAUGACUAUUCAAGAAAGUAAAAAUAUAAUCCAUAGAAUAGGAGAAGAUAUUUGCAAAUGAUAUAUCUGUUAAGAGUCUAGGACCCAGAAUAUAUUAAAUAUAUGAUUUUUUCUAAUAAACUUUAUGUUGUGAAAUGUAGGGGAAAUCAGAGUAAUCUAGUUGAGAAAGUUGUGUUAUUA